UUGCGCAAUCAGAUGUUGGAAUUCACCUCACGAAUGAUGUUGUCAUAACUAGCUGAGUGUUAUUGUUAACCAACAUGCUACAACGUUUGCUUGCAAUCAUUCGCUAUUUGCUACCCGAUGGUGCACCUCUUGUUCAACAGCAUACUACAUUGGGCCUUUUGCCACAUUUGUCUUUCGAAGUAAUUUCAGUCAGAACGGGGAAAAAAUGGAGCUUAGAUAUUGGAUGAUGUUUCUGGGCAAACUUCUUGCCAGCGUCCAGGCCAUAACGUACCUCGAGAGAGGCAGCCAGGGGUACAUCCACUGCCCCAUUAUCACCUCUAAACAAUUCUCUCUGGAGAGCGUGGAUGCCAUGUACUGGUAUUUCAACGGACGGACAACCCCAUUCCUCUUGGUCUCACACUGGCAAGGCCGGGUCAACGUAAAAGAGGGUCUCCCUGAGGGCGUGUAUGACGUAGACGGCAACUUCUCCUUGGCCAUUCACAACAUCACUGACUCGAUGGAGGGAAAUUAUGUCUUUAAGCUCAAGCCUAAAGGAAGAAUGGUACAGAUCGGGGAAGUUCCAGUUAAAGUGAAAGUUACACCUGAGACAUCUCGACCUCGUGUGAUUGGCUGUGACAUCAACAACGCAACUUGUGACGUGACUGUCACAAAGUCAUACAAUCUGACUUGCGUUGUAGAGAACGCAAAACCCGCAGUGAAUAUAACAAUCAUCCGCCUCUCUGGAACAAACCAGGCAGAACCAGUUAGCAAUACAGAAACUCGCCAGGAGCUACAAGUUGUACCAGAAAGUUCAUUAAUCACAGAUCGUUAUAAAGUCAACAAUACCUUCACAACAUCUGCGUCAUUCUCUGUGCCGUUAAGUGACGAGGUCCAAAAAUAUAGAUGUGAGGCCUCAGGUAUUGCCGUUAGGAGUGCAAAUAAUCACGUGACAGUGAACAUUCGCCGCACUAAAUCUAAAACAGGCACUUAUGCCGAUCUUGCUAAUGAUGAUGCGACUUGGAACACCGCCAGCUCCUUGAAGUUCACCCAAAGUGUCUUGAUUUUUAUGGCCACAUUCGCCAGUUGUCAUAAUUAGUAAUUGACCCCUUGCACAUCGCGGAACGCACCUCCACACAAUAUGCGUCUGGAUACGUCACAGAUUGAUUUUUUUGCCAGCAAGGGUUGGAAAACUAAAGGGGAGGGAAUUCAUUAACGCAAAGGAAACAAAAAACAAAAAACAGAUAGCCAAACAGUAUGUUACAUUGUUAAACAAAUAUUCAAAAAUAGUGUCAAAUUCGUAGAAAUGUUGAAUUUGAACAUAACAUAAAAUUGAAUAUUUUGCGAUUGAAUGUUUGCUAAAAUAAGGCUGUCCUUGCCAGCAACCAGUGCGGUCUGUUUAUCAUCAAUAGAAAGGUAUUAUGUACCACAGAGAUCACUAUUUAUGCCAUUUCCACCAUUUUGGGAGUCAAUUCAUCUCGUGUAAAUAUUUUUUACUCUCAAAAUGGGGGAAUGUUUUCAAAAUGGGGGAGCGCUCCGCUUUGUGCGGUCACUGAUUCUGUUUUUUAAUUUUUUAUAACUAUGUAAAGGAAUUUAUUGCUAAAAAAUAAAUAACUGUGUAAAGGAAUUUAUUGCAAAAAAAAAAAAAAAAACUCAAUAUAAUUCUUACUGGGAAAGUAACAUUAAUCGAUGAAAUAAUAUGAAAUGAAAAUAAAUUUAAGAAACCAACAAAGAAAACCCAAUAUUUAAAUUAUCCAGGCAUGUGAGAUUUCCUCUUUUAAGCGGAUUUCCUCUUUUGGGGUUUUGAUUUUUCCUUUUUUCUCUCUUUACAUUAUGUUUACAAAAGUAUAGGAAUAUUAUCUUUUCUUUUUUUCCUUGCCCGUUUUUCUCUUUUCCUCUUCACUCGUGAGUCGUAUGCCUGCAUUUUAAUUGUUCUUAAAAUCAAUAUAAUAUGGGUAUGUUUUCUGUUUCUCAAGAAUUUUGUAUAAAAUAUAAUUCUAAAAGAAGAUUUGGUUUCAUAUAAAAAAUACAGUCUUUGUCCUAGUUACAGUCUUCGUUCGAGUACGUGCGGGAUUCGCUCGGCCCAUUAGUUUUUACAAUCCAUGCUAAUGUAUUAUUUACCUGGUGGAGGGGGGGGGGGUAGGGUUUCUAAUGUCGCACUGGGCAAGAUUUACAGGCAACCAGUCAAUCUCCAAAGACGAAAAGACAUUCACAUUUGAAUGUUCACAUAUCAAUAGGGAUCGUAAGACAUUGUUGGACAAACAACUCGUGUCUGCGACUCGUAGCGUCACUGCAGUCGGGUGUCUCCAAAAUUGUCUAUAAAAGCUGUUUAAGUUUGGGUAAACUAAUCCAGGUAUUUUGGGAAAUCCGUUUCAAGUAUAAUGUUAGACAGGUUUAAGGCUUCAUCGUUUUCUGAAAUAAUGUGCGAAUCACAACUGAAACUAUAAUUAUUUGUAUGUACUGUAUUGUAUAAUAAAUUGUUGUAUUUUAAAGGAA